CUGAAAGUAAGAAAUAAAAACAAAAAAUGAGCUGGUGUAAAAAUGUUAAAGGUGUACUGUUAGAUAUUACAGGUGUUCUGUUUGAGAGCGGUGCAAGUGAACCAAUUAAAGGUUCUAUCGAAGCUAUUAAAAGAUUAAAGGACAGUAAAAUUCCAGUAAGAUUUUGUACAAAUGAAACGACCAAGACAAGACAUAAACUUUUACAGAAGUUGCACAGUAUUGGUUUUUCUAUGACAGAAGAUGAUGUAUUUCCUCCAAUACCAGCUUGUUGCCAAAUUUUGAAGUCUAGAGGGCUCAGGCCACAUCUUCUUGUAAAUCCAGAUGCCCUGUCCGAUUUUCGUGAGAUAAAUCAGGAGAACCCUAACUGUGUUGUACUAGGAGAUGCUACAGACAACUUUUCAUAUCAGAAUCUCAACAAAGCUUUCCAACUCCUCAUGUCACUAGAAAAACCUGUUCUGUUUGCUCUUGGAGGAGGGAAAUAUUACAAGGAAGGCUCAGACCUGAUAUUGGAUAUUGGACCUUUUGCAAAAGCACUUGAGUAUGCUUGUGAUGUGGAAGCAGAAAUUGUUGGUAAGCCGUCCAAGUCCUUCUUUGGUGCAGUACUCCAAGAUCUGGGACAACCAGCAGAGAGUGUAGUAAUGAUUGGUGAUGACAUUGUAAAUGAUGUAGGAGGGGCUCAGUCAUGUGGCAUGAGAGGUGUACAAGUCCGUACUGGAAAAUACAGGCCAUCUGAUGAAAACCAUCCAACAGUAAAGGCAGAUGGUUACGUGGAUAAUUUAGCACAAGCUAUAGACCUUAUCUUACAAUCAUGAUGCAGUAAACACUUUCAUUACUUUUAAGUUAUAUAUAUGUGAGAAAAGACAUAACAUGACAUUUGGCUUACAAAGAGUUGUUUUAUCAGAAUUUAUUUGAAGAAGUGUGUGCAUGUUAAAUUGCUUGUCUUUACCAUGAUCUCACUUUGUAAUCAG